GCGCCGCAGGCACGUUCGGCGUUCCCUAGCAACCGUGAAAACAACACCGGGGCGGGGGAGGGAGCUGGCGAUAGGCCCCGGCGGCACUCGUGGGCAGUGGGCAGCCCUCGCGCGGAGAAAGUAAUUGCCCCCAGAACUGACCUCUGAUUUCUUGGCAAAGAGGUGAAUGCCGUAGCUACCAGGCUAUUGGCAAUGGGCUCACUGUUAGCAGGAAUUCUAUCCUGGAUCUGAGAAACCUUCCCAAGAAAGGAUUUGUCAUUACUCCCCUUUAGCUGGAAAAGUUUGAAGUUUUGACAUAUCAGCACUUUUGGAUGAAAAGCUGUCUUGUCUGAAAAUUCCUGACCAACUCUAAUAAUUGUGGAAUGGGUAAAAAAGUAAAGAAGGAAGUGGAGCCACCUCCCAAGGAUGUGUUUGAUCCUAUAUCGAUUGAAAGCAAAAAAGCAGCAACAGUGGUUCUAAUGCUUAAUUCUCCAGAAGAGGAAGUUUUGGCUAAAGCAUGUGAUGCUAUAUAUAAAUUUGCAUCAAAAGGUGAUGAAAACAAAGUGACACUCCUUAGUCUUGGAGCUGUGGAGCCUUUAUUUAAACUAGUCUCACAUGAAGACCCACUUGUGCGCAGAAAUGCCAUCAUGGUAUUUGGGAUCAUGGCUUCUAAUAAUGACGUCAGAAAAUUAUUGAGAGAGCUGGAUGUCACAAAUUCUGUCAUAGCUCGGCUGGCGCCGGAAGAAGAUAUAGUUGUCCAUGAGUUUGCCAGUCUUUGCCUAGCACAUAUGGCAGUUGAAUAUACCAGUAAAGUGCAAAUAUUUGAGCAAGGUGGACUAGAACCACUUAUCAGAUUGCUAAGUAGCCCUGAUCCUGAUGUUAAGAAGAACUCUGUUGAAUGCAUCUAUCACCUCGUACAGGAUUUUCAAAGCCGUGCUGCAGUUCGUGAACUAAACGCAGUUCCCGCCUUGCUGGAACUGCUGAAAUCUGAAUAUCCAGUUGUUCAAUUGUUAGCUCUCAAAACCUUUGGUGUAAUUAGCAAUGACAGAGAAACCAGGAUAAUACUGAGAGAAAACCAAGGAUUAGAUCAUCUUUUUAAGAUACUGGAAACUAAGGAAUUUAAUGAUCUUCACGUGGAAGCUCUUGCCGUGGUGGCAAAUUGUCUUGAGGAUGUGGAUACUAUGCAACUACUUCAACAGACAGGAGGUCUUAAAAAGCUACUUUCAUUUGCAGAAAUGUCUACCAUUCCCGAUAUUCAGAAGAAUGCAGCAAAGGCAAUUACUAAAGCAGCUUAUGAUCCUGAAAAUAGAAAAAUUUUGCAUGAAGAAGAAAUUGAAAAGUGCCUCAUAACCCUUUUGGGAACUGACAACGAUGGUGCUAAAGCUGCUGCUUCUCAAGCUAUUUCUGCUAUGUGUGAGAAUUUAGCUAGCAAAGAUGCUUUUAGAGUCCAAGGGAUUCCGCAGCUAGUUCAGUUGCUAAGCAGUGAGAAUGAAGCGGUAAAAGAAGCUGCUGCCAUAGCUCUAGCUGAUCUCACAACGGCCAGUCCUAACAAUGCAAGUGCUGUUGCUGAAGCUGAAGGAAUCGAGCCUUUAAUAAAUGUCCUGAGUGCUAAGAGAGAUGGGACUGUUGCUAAUGCAGCUACAGUACUAACAAAUAUGGCCACGCAGGAGCCAUUACGUCUCAGCAUCCAUGGUAUUAUGAAUGUAAUUGUAGAACCACUGCAGUCUACCAACAGCCUGGUACAAAGCAAAGCAGCACUCACUGUGGCUGCAUUUGGUUGUGAUGCUGAUGCAAGAACUGAGUUAAGAAAUGCAAGUGGACUUGAACCACUCGUUAAAUUGCUACAUUCUAAGAAUGAUGAAGUCAGAAGAAAUGCCUGUUGGGCAGUUAUGGUUUGUGCAAGCGAUGAACUAACAGCAGUUGAACUUUGCAGGCUAGGUGCUUUAGACAUCCUGGAAGAAAUUAACUUGUCAACAGGACGCAAAAAUAACUUCAGUGAAGGAGCUCUGGACAAGCUACUUGAUAACAACCUUUCCCAAAAAUACAGCCAAGUGGGGUACUUAUCAUCCAGUAACAUAAUUACUGAUGGGUUCUAUGAUUAUGGUCAGGUAAAGCCUGGAGUGAAACUUUUGUCUUUGGAGGAACUGAGUAUACAAGAGCUUAAUGAUCAUCGUGCUAUAAUUUUAGUUAAUGCUAAACUACCAGAAGUUUCCCUCAGUGCAGAGGACAAAUCACAAGAUCUGUAUUAUGGACGAACCACAUCAUCUUCUUCUAUUAGAAAAAGUAGUAAAGAAAGAGCAAGUAGUGCAGUGGUAUCUCCUGUUGAGGAAAAACAAGAAUCUUCUGGACGAUCUCCCUCUUCACUCAGCAAAAGCAGCACUAGAGAGAAAGGCUCAAGAAAAGGGAAAGGAAAAAAAGAAGAAGAUAAACCAAAAGAAGAAGAAGAGUUGCAAACAAUGCCUAAAGUCCAGCAGGAAGUAAUUCUUGAAAAAUUACUGUGGCUGCCACCAUUUGACUCCAUUUUACUGGAUUACAUUAUUGAUGCUUCCAAAAUAAUUCUACCAUUAACUACUACGAAGGAACAGGUUGUAGCACUUGCACUGUUUGUUGCAGAUAAGAUGGGUGGCCCAAUUGAAAGAGACAAAUUACAUGAGUUCAGCUGGGAACUUCAUAUAAGUGAAAUCGAAUUUGAACUGAAAUGCAAUGUCGUACCUAUUGGGAAAAUCAAGAAAGGGACUUUCUACCACAGGGCUUUGCUUUUCAAGGUUGUAGCAGACAGAAUUGGCAUUGGCUGUAGUUUAGUUCGUGGAGAAUACGGCAGAGCUUGGAAUGAAGUUAAAUUAGUUGACGAUUCUCCUCAAGGAAUAACUGGGCUUCUACUUCCUCCUCAAACGUAUAUUGUAGAUCUAAUGUUCCAGCCAGGCUGCUUAAUGAAGCAAGGAAGUUCAGAGGCAGAUCAUUACCUACGUAUUUAAUCCUAGUGUCAGAUCUCUUCAAAAAGAAAGUAUUUUUAAAGAGAUGUCAUUAAUACAUUUGUAUGAUACAUAAAGAUUUGUGGGCCCAACUUUCAAACUUUGAUGCUGAAAUUAAAGCACCUAUUCCAACAUUAAGUAGUCUAAAGAAGCACUUCAGUUCCUAAAUACCCAUUUUAGGUGUCUACUCUAAAUCCUUGUUUGUGAUCCAGAAUGUGAAUUUAGGCAUCUCAUUUUAGGUAUCUGAGUUUGAUAUGUUAGACAUUUUAUUAAUUUUAUUUGAUGCUGUAUUAUAGAAUAAAAUGUGGAGAUCCAGACUGUCAAUAUUGAUGGGCAUAAUAUUUGACUGUGCAUUAUCAUUUUCUUUCAGUAAAUGUGUUUAGAGUAUUUAAGAACUAAAGGGUCGGUUCUCUUUUCCUUUGGCUUUCUCAUCUUCCAUUGACGUUAAUGGGAGUACACAACGUGAGGAGAAUACAAAGCUAAUGAAAUAAUUAGACAUGGUUAAACCAAUUUAUAAUAUCUUUUUUGUUAAAAUAAGCAGAGUAUUAAGAAUUGUCUUAGGCUUUGUCUAUAC